AUGGCGAUGAUCAUAGGCUUUCUUGAUAUCUUCAUAGCAUUCGUUUUCUUCCUUGUCUUCCGUUGUCUCUUGCUUUAUAAGCAAACCCACAAGCCUUUGCUCACGAACUGGCCGGUUCUUGGGAUGCUUCCGGGUCUGCUCCUCCAAGUCCAUCGUAUCUACGACUGGAUCACCGAGGUCCUUGAGGCCACCGGUAUGACGUUUUGCUUCAAAGGACCAUGGCUAAGUGGAACCGACAUAUUGCUUACUGUUGAUCCGGUGAAUAUACACUACAUUCUAAGUUCAAACUUCGUUAACUACCCUAAAGGAAUGGAGUUUAAGAAGAUAUUCGAAGUCAUCGGAGAUGCCAUUUUCAACAUUGACUCUGGCAUGUGGGAGGAUAUGAGGAACUCUUCUCAUGCCAUUUUUAGCCGCCAAGACUUCCAAAGGCUUUGGGUGAGUACAAGCGUAAGCAAAAUAAAUCAGGGGCUUGUUCCUAUCCUUGAAAACGCUGUUGAGAAAAACAUCCUUGUCGACUUGCAAGACGUGUUCCAGAGAUUCUUGUUCGACACGUCUACCAUUUUGAUGACCGGGUAUGACCUAAAAUGUCUCUCCAUCGAAAUGCCUAAGGUUGAUUUCGGUGACGCUGUGGAUGGAGCUUCAGAUGCAAUUUUCUAUAGACAUGUCAAGCCGGCUUUCUUGUGGAAGCUCCAAUACAAGUUCGGUGUUGGCGUAGAGAAGAGGUUGAGAAGAGGUCUCGAGGUUUUUGACCAAUUGCUCGAGACGAUCAUAUCAGCUAAAAAGGAGGAGAUCAAAAGUCAUGACCCAAAAGAAGAGGUGACAGAUGUAUUAACAUAUUACAUGACUCUAGACACGGUAAAAUAUAAGCACUUGAAAACAAGUAACAAUAAAUUCCUCAGAGACACUAUUUUGGGUUUCCUGAUCGCGGGACGAGACACAACAGCCUCGGCUCUCACUUGGUUUUUCUGGCUCCUCUCAAGAAACCCUGAAGCAAUGACCAAGAUCCGACAAGAGAUUAACAAGAAUAUGCCAAAGUUUGAUCCUGCGGAUUUAGACAAACUCGUGUAUCUACACGGUGCCGUGUGUGAGACGCUAAGGCUAUAUUCACCAGUCCCAUUUAACCACAAGUCACCGGCAAAGCCAGACGUGCACUACAAGAAAACAUCGGUAUUCUGA